AUGUUUGACGACGAAGAAGAAGUCGAACAGAGCAUGAGCAUGAGCAAGAGUUCAUCAGCGUCAGCAGGUAAUAAUAAUAAGAUGUCCGCGGAAACCCGCCGGCAGAAAAGUCAUUCUCGCAAAGUUUCUCUGUUUACCUUCUUGAUAAUCUCUAUUGGCUGUCUGGGCAGUGCCAGCUUUCUGUACGUGGGAAUCACGGCGGAACUGGACGACAAGCAGAGCCAAUUCGACCGACGGGCCAAUGAAGUUGUGCAGGAGUUGCAAUCGGCGUGGGGCGAUUACGUGGUGGGCGCCUUGUGGGUGCAUCAAGCGUGCCAUGGUCGUGACGUCACACGCCAGGAAUUUCGAGAGCUCUAUGAAGCUCUGAACUCGGGAGGUCUCGAGUUUCAAGCGGCGGAAUUCAUUCCCAAUGUGACCAAGGACGAACGUGCAACGAUGGAAGCAGAAGACAAGGAGUUCUAUGCCCAAAACUACCCUGAUCAAGUCACGUUUCAUGGCUUGAAAGGGUUCGAACCUGAUCCCGAAGGUGGGGUAUCCGUCCAGAAUCGGUCUCAACAAGACUUCUAUUUCCCGGUCCGAUUUGUGGAACCUGUCGUACCCAAUGCCGCUGCUGCUGGCUUUGACCUGUACAGUUCCGAAAGUCGUAGGGCAACCAUUCAUCAAGCGCUCGAGACUUGGAAGCCGGCUCUGACUCAUCGACUUCAGUUGGUGCAAGAGACGGACCCAAGUGCCUACAGUGUGCUCCUCAUGCACCCCGGGGUUCCCUUGACAACGCAGCCGGACCUCAAGCCCCGCGAUCUUUCGCUGCUAGUCAUUCGAAUCCCCGCCCUCUUGGAACGAGCGUACCGAAAGGCAUCCCAGUCGUUGGGCAUGUACAUGUACGAUACCACACUAUCCCCUCCACAAUUUCUGGGUGCCAUUAGUGUGGUACACGAUGCUGUAGACGGCAAUAACACCGUCGAGUUUCUACCCGAGCUGGAACUUCAAGACUUGAUCCAACAGUCGCAUUCCACCAAAAUCAAACGGGAACGAAUUGUGGCGGCAUCGCACACCUGGGAAAUUGUCGUCUUUCCAGUCACAGAACAGUACGAGUCCAACCUGGUUGUGGUUUGGAUCACGGGCGUACUCAUUGCCGUGGCAGCAGCAGUGCUGGCCCUGGCUCUCUAUUACCAUAGCAUGCGCAGGGCGCAUGCCGUCAACCAGAUUAUUGUUCGGGCAGAAGCGGACGAGGCCAUUAUUACUGGCUUGUUCCCCUCCAAUGUUAGGGACAGACUGGUCCAGGAGGCCGACUGUGCUGCACGGAGCAAGGAUUCCUUCGACCUUCAGAGCGUCGAGGACACUGGCAGCACCUUUAUGGAAAACAGCAACAUUUUUGGAAGUCAACCGAUAGCCGAUCUUUUCUCUGACAGUACCGUUUUCUUCGGGGACCUCGUCAACUUUACUGCAUGGAGCAAGGUUCGAGAGCCGGCAGAGGUAUUCACGUUGUUGGAGACUGUAUACUACGAAUUUGACCGCAUUGCCAAGCGCAGAUUCGUGUUCAAAGUGGAGACAGUCGGAGAUUGCUACGUUGCCUGCACCGGUGUGCCAAAGCCCAAAAAAGAACACGCAAUCAACAUGGCAAAAUUUGCUGCUGACGUUCUGAUUCGAAUGCCUCAGGUGACUCAACGCUUGGCAGAAACACUUGGCCCUGGUACUUCGACCUUGUCGGUGCGUAUUGGCAUUCACUCCGGGCCAGUUACAGCGGGCGUUUUGAGAGGUGACAAAGGACGCUUCCAACUGUUUGGGGACACAAUGAACACUGCUUCGCGGAUUGAGAGCACCGGAGAGGCGGGGCGUGCGCAGUGUUCGGAGAGUUUUGCAGAUCUGCUUCGGCAGAGUGGAAGGGGAGCCUGGCUUGAACCAAGGAAGGAUCGUGUGCAGGCAAAAGGCCUAGGGGAGGUAAAGACAUGGUGGCUGAAGCCGUCAGAGGUUGCCGGGGUGUCGUCAGACAAAAAAUCAGUUCACGAAACAGCUGAAGUGUGA